UGGUCAGAAUAAUAAAAGUCAACUUCUCUUUGAUUUGUCCAAUAUUAGUCUAUGGAUUUGUGGUCGAGUUCUUGAUAGUGAGUGACUCGUACGUAAAUAAAGAAAGUAUUUACAAUUAACAUUACACAUUAUUUGUAAUUCAUUAUGUCUGAUAAUGACGACGAUUACAAUAUGUGCGAGGAAGAGGAAGAUUACGGUUUGGAAUAUUCAGAGGAUAGCAAUUCCGAGCCUGAUGUGGAUUUGGAGAACCAAUACUACAAUAGCAAAGCUCUGAAAGAAGAUGAGCCUCAUGCAGCUUUAAUUAGUUUUCAAAAAGUGCUUGAGCUCGAAGGUGGAGAUAAAGGAGAAUGGGGCUUUAAAGCACUGAAGCAAAUGAUCAAAAUAAACUUUAAACUUGGUAAUUUCACAGAGAUGAUGACAAGGUAUAAACAGCUACUGACAUAUAUCAAAAGUGCAGUAACAAGAAACCAUUCUGAAAAAUCUAUCAAUUCCAUUCUAGAUUACAUAUCUACAUCAAGAAAUAUGGAAUUGUUGCAAGAUUUUUAUGAAACUACGUUAGAGGCCCUGAAAGAUGCCAAGAAUGAUAGGUUGUGGUUUAAGACCAACACAAAGUUGGGUAAGCUUUACUAUGAUAGAGGAGACUUUAAUAAGUUAGCCAAAAUAUUAAAACAACUUCAUCAAAGUUGCCAAACAGAUGAAGGAGAAGAUGAUCUUAAAAAAGGCACACAGCUUCUAGAAAUAUAUGCAUUAGAAAUUCAAAUGUAUACAGCUCAGAAAAACAAUAAAAAGUUGAAGGCCCUAUAUGAACAGUCUUUGCAUAUUAAGUCUGCUAUUCCUCAUCCACUCAUCAUGGGUGUUAUCAGAGAGUGUGGUGGAAAAAUGCAUCUUCGAGAAGGUGAAUUUGAAAAAGCACACACAGACUUUUUUGAAGCUUUUAAAAAUUAUGAUGAAUCUGGCAGUCCAAGAAGAACAACUUGCUUGAAAUAUCUUGUUUUAGCCAAUAUGCUCAUGAAAUCCGGAAUCAAUCCUUUUGAUUCCCAAGAAGCAAAACCAUAUAAAAAUGAUCCAGAAAUUUUGGCUAUGACUAAUCUUGUAAUGGCAUAUCAAAACAAUGAUAUCAAUGAAUUUGAAUCUAUACUAAAGCACAAUAGAAACAAUAUAAUGGAUGAUCCAUUCAUCAGAGAGCACAUUGAAGAUCUCCUUCGUAAUAUUAGAACACAAGUUUUGAUCAAACUUAUUGGACCAUACACUAGAAUCCAUAUACCGUUUAUAUCUAAGGAAUUGAAUAUAGAUGAGAAAGAAGUGGAAAAUCUUCUCGUUACCUGCAUAUUAGACAACACAAUAAGCGGACGGAUCGACCAAGUGAACUCUGUUCUGGAGCUGCAGAGCUCGGCGCGAGGCGCGGCGCGUUACUCCGCCCUAGACAAGUGGACCUCACAACUGUCCUGCCUACACCUGGCUCUCGCUAACAAAAUGGCCUAAGUUUUUUUUGCUUCUUAUCUUUUAUAUAUUUCAACACUUGAUAUUUCCAACUAAGUUAACAAAUUUUAUUAAAUUGGCUGUUAUAAUCCAAUUGGCAUAUGUUUAAUGCUUUUUAAAUUAAGAACCUACAUAAAACGCUCUUUCUAAUGCCAAUAAUGAAAUUGGCUAAAGAGUAUAGAUAGAUACAUCAAUUUGUAAAAUUUGUUUUCUUUAUAUUGAACAAAGCCAGAGUUCAUUCAAGGGAUCUGAUGUAAUAUUAUUAUGUAAGCGAUGAAACAUAAAGAAGCCCAUAAAUCAAUACUCUGUUGUAAAAAAACAUAAAAAUAUGCAGCACAUUAAUAAAUCUACACUGCAUAGUUCAAUCAAUAAAUAAUCUUUCUACAGUUUAUAUCUCGUCAUUCUCGGAAUACCUUCUUUUAAGGAACCAGUACUAUAUUAAGCUUAGCUAGCGCGAUCUAGGAAAAUUAAUAUGAUAUUAACAGACUUUGUUAAUAUUACUGAAUAAAAUUAACUGAUUGUGAUAAAAGGAAUACGUAUGUCAAAGAAUUUUACUAAACUGGAUCGAAAUUGAAAUUUAUUAACAAAAAUUAUGUCCUUGUAAGCAUAGAAUACAUAUGUAAUUAAAUAUUUUUGGUCAUGAAAUGAAACAUAUUAAAAGUUAUGCUAAUAUCCAAUAGUAAAUUUUUCGCUAUAUGGUGUCGAUUUAAAGGACCAGUUUAUUUGUACUAAGAUUGAACUCCCUGCAAAUAAAUGCUCUGAGCUAACCUUCCCUGACUAUAAUAUAUUUUUUUAAUGUUUUUUACAUAACGUCAAUCCCCAUAUAAGAAGUUAAAAUUGCGCAACAGCGUGUGUUAUUGCAAAAUCAGGUAUAAAUGAGAAUGAACAGUGGAAAUUUAGUAAAAUGAAUUAUUGUGAAAAAACUAUUUAUCAUUUGUGCAAUGAGUUACAAUAAUAAAACACUUCAUAAGUAAAGUAA